GAUGCUUGGCUAUAUUUAGAGGGGCACGGUUAUAUUGAAGUGUCUUCAGACCUGGCUGCCUAUAGUUCUCUGUCUCCACCAGAUAGGUCAGUCUGUCGUGAACUGCCCCACUUCUUCCAUCCGCUUCCUGACCAUUCAGAAUGGAUCCCCAAGGCUUGAGGGAAGAUCUCCGUCUGUUUCAAACCACUUUGCUGCAGGAUGGACUCAAAGAGCUCCUGAAUGAGAACAAGUUGAUCGACUGUGUCCUGAAAGUUGGAGACAGGAGCAUCCCCUGCCAUCAGCUCAUUCUGUCAGCUUGUAGUCCGUAUUUCCGGGAGAUAUUCUUCUCAGCAGACGACAAAGAAGUGGACAAAAAGGAGGUCGUUCUGGAGGACCUGGACCCUGGUAUCAUGGAGGUGAUUGUAAACUACAUGUACUCGGCAGAGAUUGACAUCAACGACAACAAUGUGCAGGAUAUUCUGACCGUCGCCAACCGCUUCCAGAUCCCCUCAGUGUUCACGGUUUGUGUGAAUUUUCUCCAGAAGAAGCUGUCAAAGAAAAACUGUCUCGCCAUCUACAGGCUGGGACUGAUGCUGAACUGCGCCAGGCUGGCGAUGGCAGCACGGGAUUACAUCGCAGAUCGGUUCGAAAGCGUAGCCUUGGAUGAGGACCUCCUCGACCUUGCUCCAGCUGAACUUUUUGCCGUGAUUGGAGCAGAUGCACUCAAUGUAGAGAGAGAGGAGUUGGUGUUCGAGACCCUCAUGGGGUGGAUCAGGAAAGACAAAGAGAAGCGUGUGAAAUCCUUGGAAGAGGCCUUUGAUUACAUUCGUUUCCGUUUACUCCCAGAGAAGUACUUCAAGGAGAAGGUGGAGAAGGACGACCUCAUUAAGGCCAAUCCUGAACUUCUCAAAAAAGUCAAAGUCAUAAAGGAGGCAUUUGCAGGGAAGCUUCCUAAGAGAGAAAAAGGAGAUGAGGAAGGAGAGGCGGGAAAGCUGCCAGGCUAUCUGAAUGAUAACCGCAGAUACGGUAUGUACGCCAAAGACGUGAUCCUUAUGAUCAACGACACUGCUGCUGUGGCCUACGACGCCCAGGAGAACGAAUGUUUUCUCGCUGCCAUGGCGGAACAAGUUCCCCGAAACCACGUCAGUCUGACAACGAGGAAGAACAAUCUGUACGUGGUGGGGGGACUGUUUGUAGAUGAGGAGAACAAAGAAAACCCGUUGCAGUGUUACCUCUACCAGCUGGACAGUCUGGCUGCGGACUGGACUGCUCUGCCACCCAUGCCCUCCCCCAGGUGUCUGUUUGCGAUGGGGGAGUUUGAAAAUCUCAUCUUUGCUGUAGCAGGAAAAGAUUUGGAGUCCAAUGAGUCUCAUGACAGUGUUAUGUGCUAUGACACUGAAAAAAUGAAGUGGACUGACACUAAGAAGUUGCCUUUGAAAAUCCACGGCCACUGUGUGGUCUCUGAGAAUGGGCUGGUGUACUGUAUCGGAGGCAAAACAGAUGACAAUAAAGCCACCAAUAAGAUGUUUGCAUACAAUCACAAGAAGUCUGAGUGGAAGGAGGUGGCCUCAAUGAAGACAGCCAGGUCGAUGUUCGGUGCAGUUAUCCACAACGGGAAGAUUGUUGUCGCUGGAGGAGUUACUGAAGACGGCCUCACGGGUUCAUGUGAAGCUUACGACUUUGGAACCAACAAGUGGUCACCCUUCCCAGAGUUUCCCCAGGAGAGGAGCUCAGUGAACCUGGUCAGCUGUGGAGGCUCGUUGUACACUGUAGGAGGCUUCGCCAUGGUGGAGAACGAGAACAAAGAGUGUGCACCAAGCGAAAUCAUCGACAUUUGGCAGUAUGAAGAGGACAAGAAACAGUGGACUGGCAUGAUUAGAGAGAUGCGUUAUGCAGCCGGAGCCUCCGUUGUGUCGAUGCGUCUGAAUGCAGCCAGAAUGCCCAAACUGUAACAACAGUUCAGGGACAUGCGAGGGCCUUUGACACACAAGGGACUUUCACUUCACUGCCGUAGGCAAGAAUAUAGGAAGUCAUUGAAGUCUAACACUGAACAGUUGCUGUUGUUUGGACCAUUGUUGUUUAUGACCUUGAAGCAUAUCACUUAUUGACGGAUUCCCCACCACCUGACUUCCAUUGACCCAUUAAUGUGUGUUUUAUUGCUGUAAACUGGUAAAGGCUCGCAUACUGUAAAGAUUCCUCUGCUAUUACAGUCAGUUACCACCUGUAGCUCAAAACUAUUCAGUAUUAAAAUAUCUUCCACAGACUCAAUAUGUCUAUUUGACAUUUUAGAUUUUCUUCUGUAUACAUUACUUAAGUAUGGAUGUUAUACAAUGUUGGAGAGUUUUUCCCCCGGGGCAUAUUGAUGAUACAUUAACAUUUUUUCACUAAUUUUAAACAUUUCAGUACUGCUGUUGUUGGAAUCAAUGUUUAGUCUUUGGAAAAUGUCUGCAGAUGAGAGGCCAGAUAUAUCAGCUGAUGUUAGUUUUGAAUCUUGGUUCAUGCUGAGGGUCAUCAUGUUGACUUUUGUAAAGGAGACAUGUUAUGCUUUUUUGUUUACCUUUCCGUCAUUGUUUUCUAAAUGUCGUGCAUAUAAAAAGGUCUUGAAAAUGAAAAAUGUCAAAGUUCGCCCCAAAAGAAGCUCCCUUCUCCUACAGAAAACCCUACUCCUGAAACACCUUGUCACUAGUCCUGCCUUUAAUUCUGUGACUUUGUGACAUCACACUAUGUCACCAUGUCACACAUUUACAUAGUUCAUGCUUAGCAACUAGUUUGGUACAUAUGAAUUGAUUUGGCACAGCUGCUCUGUUGUUGUUGAAGGGAGUGUUUUGUCGUUGUUUUUUUUUUGUAACCCAAAUGUAUUAGUACUAGCAAUCCAUUAUGAACAAGAAAAAGAGCAUGAUGUCUCCUUUAACGGCCAGUGGUGAAGCAGUAUUCAGAUUCUUAGAUGUAGUAGUAUAACACUGAAAAUAUACCAUGACAAGUAAAAGUUGUACAUUCAAAUUCUGACUUCAGUUAAUCUAAAUUAUCAUUAGAAUAUACUUCAAGUAUCAAGUAAAAAUACUCAACUCUGCAAUAAAAUACUCCCAGGCAAUGUUUCACUAUAACAUCUUAUGUUUUUGGAUUAAAAUUGCUGCUUAAAAAUGAAUUUGCACUAAAGUGUACUACUUGAAUACAUGAAUUCUUCCAAAUAGGUAUAAUGGCAGGCCCUAAAUCUU